AUGGCCUCCUCGAGGCAAAUGCGAAGAUCGGGGCUCUCGAACGCUAACCAACUAUCGAUCGAACGAGAGCGAGUCAUCCGCAAAGAUGACAUACCGUCAACCUAUGACGGCUCCAGCUUAGACUCAUGGGAGGAGCCACCACCUCGUGAGCCCGUCCCGAGUUUUCGGGAUUACAAAGGGCUUGAGCCGCACGGCGUGUUGGAGCAUAUGGCACCCCUUGGGCACGGUCCGACGCCCAAAGCGAGAGCACGAGUGAGACUACACGAGCCUCCGCGGCGGGCUCCACAGCUGAAGAAUGGAGAUGUGAAGGUCGUAAAGGAGAACGGCCCAAUGACCGAAUCUAACCUACCACCCGUUACACAUUCGCCAGGGCCACGCCACGAUCCGCCAUCUCCACCUACUCCGUCCGACGUACAUCAUCACUUGGGAGGCCAGGACGGUAACGCCAGGUUGGAGCUCGAAAAUACACCGACGUUAUCGAGCCCAACCAGGCCAGGCCCCCUUGACACGCCACCGGUCUCAGCUCUGAGCCUUCUUCCAAAUCAACCGAUCACUCCAUGGGAGGAUAUAGUACAGGCAGCUGUGAGACGUUCUAAUGAGCUAGGCAACAUGGCUUUAGGAGUAGCCAUUCGUCAUUUGUACAAGCAGGCUCUAACCAGUCAGGACAUGGCCAACCUCCUGAAUGCGGUUCUAUCGCAAAACCAGACUCCAGAUCAGAUUGCCUCUUUUCAAAUCUACAUAAAGGCAGCCAAAAAGCAGGUCAAGAGAGGUGAAGCAGGUGGGAAGACGUCGACGCCUUCAGUGGCUAACUCGCCGGCGAAAAACCUCAGGAAUAGUGGCACUCGGCAAGCUGAGGCCUCAAAAUCUUCGAGAGAAUCCAUGGAACACGGAGAUCAACCCUCAAAUGCUGUUUCCCAUACACCCUCCAAACGAUCCACGAUGGCCUUCAUGACCAACGGUUCCCCUGCUAAAAGCGACAGGCCAACAAAACGAGCAAAGCGUUCUUUUAGUGUCUCUGAUAAUGAAUCUCCUUUGUCUGAUUUGAAUUCCGAUAUCGAAGAUCACAUAGAAGCCUACGCUCCCGACAAAGUGGAAUCUACAAUAUCAAAUUCCCUAUUCAAUCCCACAACGUCUCAGGCAUCAAAAGAUCGACCCGGUACUGGGCCCCGGAUGGGCUCCUUCUCCAACAAAUUGCCUAUAGAGCUAGAAACCCCUGAAGCUCGAAUAGCCGCCAGGAAACGUCUCGCACGGGGCUUCGACAAUUAUCUCGUCCAAGAAAGUAGCAUCCGAUCCUCCCUGCCUCUUCUCCGAGAGCCCUCUCCACCGGAAACUGCCUUGCAACAACGAGCUCAGCAUCCUCGUCGCAGUGCCGUUGCAUACAGAACUCGUAGGAACGACGACGAAUCAUCCGAGUCUUCGCUCUCAUCAUACAACGAAUCUCUUCUGCCUCCCCCAGACUUGGGGGUAAGAGGCAUUACUCCCCAACUCGCGCCUGACACACAGGCAGAUCAGCUUCCUGACCAAUGGUUCUGUUGGCGCUGCACGAUGUUCGCUGCUGAUGAGUAUGAGGACGACGAGCGGCGGGGGAUCUGGACAGGCCUCAGAAAGUCUAUCACAUAUAGAAAUCCUACAGCCUUUCACCUUCCCCGGGAUGUCAGAGACUACUUCGAAGGUGUCAUUACUGGAGAAGAAGGCGAGUAUGACGACCUCCAUAAUAUUAGAAUCUCCAAAGCACGUACCGGGUACGAAGAAAUACCAGAUAAUCUGAAGCUUAAAGAUAAGAAAGAUCACACCGUUCUUUGCUUCCAGUGCGGCGGCUCUUCCACCGGAAAACGAGAAAUAGUUCCUUGUGAUUAUUGCAGCCUUUGUUGGCACCUCGACUGUCUUGAUCCACCGCUUGCAAGCGCUCCUAACAAGAAGAGCACAAAUGGCAGACCGAGGCAAACGUGGAUGUGCCCAAACCACGCCGAUCAUGAGUUGAUGCACAUGGCAGCCUCUGCAACGACUGCUGGAAGACAAACAAUCAGAAAAGCUGUACCUGCUUACCCUGAGGAGAACAUCAGGACUUUCCGAACCAGAAAACCAAAAACAGCACGGCUAGUGGGGACUGGGCUCAGAAGAGGCUUCACCAACAAUGGACUGAUUGAAAUUGAAGAAGAACAGAGCGAAGAGGAGAGUGAAAUCGAAAGGGAGAUGUCAGGCGUAGUUUACAAAGUCCCGGAGCGUGGCAUCAAACUGGACUUCAUUGACCGUAUCAAAAAGGCGAAUCUAGAGGCGAUGGCUUACAAGCAGAAAUUUGCCCCUAGGCCUAAAAAUAGGCAGAAGUCACCACACAUACACACCACGAACUUGAACCCUCCUACCGCAGAGAAGCAGCAAAAGGAGCUAGACAAACGACCCUUUCGAGAAAGGAAAGCAGCUCUGAACCUCAUGCAGCUGGCAUGGAAAGAUGCUGAGCUAGAUGCCGAUCAAUUAUUGAACCUGAUCGGUACCUUGACCGCGGAGGCACCUGCCAAUGUUGAGCGAUUGUUGAACGAAGACGAUCAGAAGAUGAAGAAGGAUAGGGGGAGGACAGCCGCUGAUCUACCUGUCAGCGAUCAAGAAAAGAAGGAUCUUGAAACCCUCAUAGCAUUAGCUCGACGGCGUCUUGGCUUAACGACCACCUAG